AUGGCUGAUACUGCAACGGCCGGUGCUUCUCGUGGACGUGGUGGUUUUGGACGUGGACGUGGACGUGGUGGUCGUGCUGGCCGCGGACGUCGUGGUGAAGAAAAGAACGAAUGGGUUCCUGUCACCAAGCUUGGUCGUCUUGUCAAGGCUGGCAAGAUCAAGUCUAUUGAAGAAAUCUACCUUUUCUCUCUUCCUAUCAAGGAAUAUCAAAUUGUCGAUUACUUCCUUCCCAAGCUCACUGAUCAAGUCAUGAAGAUCAUGCCCGUCCAAAAGCAAACCACUGCUGGUCAACGUACUCGUUUCAAGGCCUUUGUUGUCAUUGGUGAUGAAAACGGUCAUGUUGGUUUGGGUGUCAAGUGUGCCAAGGAAGUUGCUACUGCUAUCCGUGGUGGUAUCAUUCUUGCCAAGCUCGCUAUUAUCCCUGUUCGUCGUGGUUACUGGGGCUCCAGCCUUGGUGAACCUCACACUGUCCCUUGCAAGGUCAGUGGUCGCUGUGGUUCCGUCAUGGCCCGUUUGGUCCCUGCCCCCAGAGGUACUGGUAUUGUCGCCUCUCCUACCGCUAAGCGUGUCCUUCAAUUAGCUGGUAUUACCGAUUGUUACACUACCUCUCGUGGUUCUACUCGUACUCUCGGUAACUUUGUCAAGGCUACCUUUGCUGCUAUUGGUAACACCUACGGUUUCUUGACCCCUGAUCUUUGGGAAGAGACUGAAUUCCAAAGAGGCCCUUACCAAGAAUUCUCUGACUUCCUUGCUCAAAAGCAAAGAAAGUAA